AUUAGAAUUAUUAACUGGCAAUAUGACCAACGCGAUGCGUUUUGGAUAAUUUAUUACGAAAACUAGUUUCCAUAUUUUUUCUCUCUGAAAAACAGCCCAUUACGAAAUGACGUCAGUUUGUUUGGACUGCGUCACGUCGAUAUUCGCUCAACUAGAGGGAGAAACGUAAAGUAGGGCUUAUAUAGGCAAAAAAAAAUUAUUCCAUGUGAUAAAUGAUUGACGUUGAAAGUUUCCUCGUAAAAUAUGGCUGAAGAUAGCGCCAAUAAAUCUGGACCUGCUGAACAUUACACGGUGUGCACAAUAUGCGAAGAGAGCUCCAACCUCUAUUGCAAUGACUGCCAACAGAGCUUGUCUGAUCAGCACAGAGACGUCCAUCUCAAAGAAGAGAACAAUAGACACCAUGAAGUUGUUCUUUAUAUGAAAAGGAGAAUACUUUUGCCGGCAGAAAAAUGUCCAUUUCAUCCAACAAGAGAUCUUGAAAUCUACUGCGACUCUUGCAGGGCCCCUAUUUGUUCCAAAUGCUCUACUUCAGAUCACAGAAAUCACCAGACUUCUGAUCUAUAGGUUGUCUAUAAUGAAAGACUGCAGCAAUGCAAAGAUCAACUGACAAAGAUCGGUGAAGAAAAAUCAAAUCCCCAGACAGAACAAACAGAAAAAUAUGAGGAAAGAUUUAAUCUGACGAAAUCAGCGAUGAUCCAAAGGGCUGAGGAGAUGAAAGAAAUUGUGGAUACCGUUCUCUACGAAAAGAUUGCUGAGCUUGGUGCAAUAAAAAGAUCAUAUUUAGAAGAAUCAUUUAAAGACAAGUUGAAAAUGGAAGCCUCAGUUGACGAACUAAAAAACAAGAUGGAAACUGCAUUAAUAAUGCCAUCCACUUUUUUAACAUUCCAUCAGCAUUUGUUUUCAUCACAAACACUGGAAGUCAUGCAAGAAUCUAUAACAAAUCACCCAACGUUACCGACAUUUAUCAAAGGCACAGAGGAUAAAACGGAGAUAAAAAAACAGUUUGGAAUAAUAAAUUGGCCAGAAAAGGAGUUGGUUAUUUCUCAAUACAAAGAAGCAAUUAAUUUAAGUCCUAGACUUCUACCUGUUAGUAAAGAGCAAGAAGGUGACGGCAGACUGAUGAAAUCGCUUUGCGAUAUUCAAGUUGCUCGUUCAGUUAAAUUAGAUCUGAAAAAAGAGAGAAAAAUUAACAUAGGUACACCGAUGAAUCAUCUAUCUCUUUUGUCGUCAAAUAAGUUCUGGGGCAGUGACGUUUCGGGGAAUCUAAUCCUCUAUGACACAGAGGGAAAUAUUUUAAAGAAAAUAUCCACUAACGUAGUAGAUGUAAUAGGUUACCAUACAGUCACAUCUGAGGGCCACUUACUCUUUACUACGGCCAAAAGUAAAGCAAUCUGCUGAGUGAACAGCGACAUUAACACCACAAGAGUAAUUUUCACUGAGGAUUGGGAACCGGGGGCGGUUCACUCCUCCCACAUUAAUGGAGACAUACUUGUGGGAAUGAAUAAAGAUAAAGAAUCAAAUGUGACCAGAUACAGCAAGGAAUGGAAGAAACUUCAGGUGAUCCAGAGGGGUGAUCAAGGAAACAAUCUUUACAAGAGUAUAACUUAUAUCACAGAGAACAUAAACGGAGACAUCUGUACAUCAGACUCUAAUGCCAAUAAGGUUGUGGUGGUGACUGCAUCAGGAGAGUACCGCUUCUCUUACUCUGGUCACCACUCUCAGUCUGGAUUUCGCCCCACUGGAGUCUGUAAAGACAAGCUGGGACAAAUCUUGGUGUGUAAUAUAUAUUCUUCCUUGCUUAGAAAUUACUCUAGUGUCCACCUGUUGGAUAUGGAUGGCAAAUUUUUGUCAUUUCUGCUGAUUCCAGGUCAAUGUCCGAACAAACCACGUGCUAUCUGUAUUGAUGGCGAGCACAUAUUAAUGGUCGGGAGUGAGCAUAGUUCUACUGUCACAAUGUACAAAUAUUUCCAGAAGGACGACAAUUAAAUCUUACUAUUUAAUUAAGCACAUACCUGGUAUAACCUAAGGUGUGAGGUAGUUACCCACAUAAAUUGCUAAUUAAUCUUUUGACCGACCCAAAAAACCAACGUUUCAAUGUGAAGAUUUGAACGCUUCGAAAAAAAAAAUCAUUCACGUUUGGAUAUGAAUUUUUUGUCUAUAAAGAACUCCUUUAAAAUACUUUUUUUAUUUGUUGAACUUGUACUUGGUGUUUUGCAUAAAUUAUUUGUAAAUGGAAUAUUAAUUUAUAUAAUAAAUCAGUAAAUAACACGCCUGUUUAAUG